AUGCCGAUGAUGGGCGGAGUUCAAGGCCCGAUGCCCAUGAAUGCUGCAGUUCCGGGUCGAGCUUACUAUCCGCCGUAUAUGGGGCAGUCCAUGCAACCAAUGUCUCCUAUGGCUCCAAUGACUCCCAUGGCACCUAUGGCACCCAUGGCUCCUAUGGCUCCAAUGAUGCCCAUGAUGCCACAAGCUGGGCCUGGAAUUCCCAUAUCAUCUGGAGGAAUGAGUGGUACGAGCAUCAUUGUAGAGCCCUUAGUGAUUCUGCCCAUGGGCUUAGGCGCAGGAACCACAAGGCCCAACUAUGAUUACAAUAACUACAAUAAUAACAACUAUAAUAAUUAUAAUAAUAACACCAGUAGUAACAGCAAUUACAAUGAUUACAAUUCAUAA